GUUACUUCGGUCACUGAAGUGUUAGUGAAGUUCAAUGUUGUGUACGAGAGAAGAUACUAUGGUUAAGAUGGAGACGGGUGCCGAGCCUCCGGCGCGUCCUCCUCUCAAGUCGGACUUCAGCAUCAGGAGUAUCAUACCAUUAGAGAGUAGCCCCGAACAGGUAUACUCAGAUACGGAUUCAGACCUGGAUGUCACGGGAGGUGCGACACCGCCACCGCUGGACUGCUCCACCAAAAGGGAAGAUUCCAAGUCAGAAGAGAAGAAGAAAAAUGAAAAACCACCCUACAGCUAUAACGCUUUAAUUAUGAUGGCGAUUCGUCAGAGUCCUGAAAAGAGAUUGACACUGAACGGAAUUUACGAAUACAUCAUGAAAAACUUCCCCUAUUAUCGGGAUAACAAGCAAGGUUGGCAGAAUUCCAUCAGGCAUAAUCUGAGUUUGAACAAGUGCUUCGUUAAAGUCCCCAGGCAUUACGACGACCCCGGAAAAGGCAACUACUGGAUGCUUGACCCCAGCUCUGAGGAUGUCUUCAUCGGCGGCACCACCGGAAAGCUGAGGAGGCGAAGCACCGCGGCGUCGAGGAGUCGCCUUGCAGCCUUCAAGAGGAGUAUGGUGUUGGGAGGACUGUACCCGCCUACAUGGGUGAACCCGCUGUAUUAUUACAGAUACCCAGCGUACCCUCAACCCGUGGUCGCGAAACCUCCAGUCCACGGGUUCAGCAUGGAGCGACUUCUUGCAGAUACGAGGCCGCCUAUGUACAUACCUCCCAGCUACGACCUUUAUCGUCCGCAGCUUCCGAGCCCGGAACCAAGGCCUAUCUUCAAACCGGUCACAGUUAUCGCUCGCCUGCCCACCGCAAGCUAGUGUGAGUAGUCUAUAGUGUCACCUUGGGAUCUCGAAACCGUUCGUCUAUUAAAAAUACUUUUUAUUUUAAAGUUACCAUUAGCGGUUUAUUAUCUGUACAAUAUAAAUUGUUAUUAAAAAAAGUGUAAAUACGUACAUUGUAUAAAGUUGUAUUUAUAAGAUGAUCCUAUCGACAGGGUAUUUAUGUAAAAAAACAAACGAUCGUGUUAUACAAAUAAAUAUAUAUAUGUAUAUUUAACGUACGAUAUUAAUAAUAUUAUUUAUCUUUUGUACAUAUCUUGUAUAGAAUAUUUCGCUCAAAUAAAUGCAGAGCACAUUUU